AUGCUCCUGCUCUUCUUUUCUCUUUCUCCUCGGCCCCCGGCUGCCGCCGCUUGGCUGCUAGGCCUGCGGCCCGAGGACACCGCUGGAGGCCGCGUGUCCCUGGAGGGGGGCACCCUGCGUGCGGCCGAAGGCACCAGCUUCCUCCUGCGCGUCUAUUUCCAGCCCGGACCUGAGGCGCCGGCCGCGCGGGUGCCCGCACCCACCCUCUCCCCGGGGGAGAACGGCACGGGCGACUCGGCUCCGCGGCUAGUGUUUAUUGAGGAGCCCCCAGGCGGCAGCGGCGUGGAGCCCAGUGCGGUACCCACGCGGCCCCCGGGACCUCAGCGCUGCCGUGAGCAGAGCGACUGGGCAUCGGACGUGGAGGUCCUGGGGCCUCUGCGCCCCGGGGGCGUGGCGGGCUCAGCCCUGGUCCAGGUGCGGGUGCGGGAGCUGCGCAAGGGAGAAGCGGAGCGGAGCGGCGCGGGCGGUGGCGGGAAGCUCUUCUCGCUGUGCGCCUGGGAUGGGCGCGCUUGGCACCACCACGGCGCCGCCGGCGGCUUCCUGCUGCGCGUCCGCCCGCGGCUCUACGGCCCUGGCGGGGACUUGCUGGCCCCCGCUUGGCUGCGGGCGCUCGGGGCGCUCCUCCUCCUCGCCCUGUCCGCCCUGUUCAGCGGCCUGCGCCUGAGCCUGCUCUCGCUGGACCCGGUGGAGUUACGGGUGCUGCGGAACAGCGGCUCGGCAGCCGAGCAGGAGCAGGCGCGCCGCGUGCAGGCCGUGCGCGGCAGGGGGACCCAUCUGCUCUGCACCCUGCUCCUGGGCCAAGCCGGAGCCAACGCGGCCCUGGCGGGCUGGCUGUAUGCCUCGCUGCCGCCGGGCGUCGGAGGCACAGAGGAAGACUACAGCGAGGUGGGGAUUCACUUCCCGUGGCUGCCGGCGCUCGUGUGCACCGGCGCCGUGUUCCUGGGCGCUGAAAUCUGCCCCUACUCUGUGUGUUCGCGGCACGGGCUGGCCAUCGCCUCGCACAGCGUGUGCCUGACCCGGCUUCUGAUGGUGGCCGCCUUCCCCGUGUGCUACCCUCUGGGCCGCCUGCUGGAUUGGGCGCUGCGCCAGGAGAUCAGCACCUUCUACACGAGGGAGAAGCUGCUGGAGACGCUGCGGGCCGCAGACCCCUACAGCGACCUCGUGAAGGAAGAGCUCAACAUUAUACAGGGCGCCCUGGAGCUGCGCACCAAGGUGGUGGAGGAGGUGCUGACCCCCCUCGGAGACUGCUUCAUGCUGCGCUCGGACGCGGUGCUCGACUUCGCCACAGUCUCUGAGAUCCUGCGCAGCGGCUACACUCGCAUCCCAGUGUACGAGGGCGACCAGCGGCACAACAUUGUGGACAUUUUGUUUGUCAAGGACUUGGCUUUCGUGGACCCCGACGACUGCACCCCGCUCCUCACCGUCACCCGCUUCUACAACCGGCCCCUGCACUGCGUCUUCAAUGAUACCCGGCUGGACACGGUGCUGGAAGAGUUUAAGAAGGGAAAAUCUCACCUGGCUAUUGUCCAGCGGGUGAAUAAUGAGGGCGAAGGGGACCCUUUCUAUGAGGUGAUGGGCAUCGUCACACUGGAGGAUAUCAUAGAGGAGAUCAUCAAGUCGGAGAUCCUGGACGAGACUGAUCUCUACACCGACAAUCGGAAAAAGCAGAGGGUCCCGCACCGGGAAAGGAAGCGGCAUGACUUCUCCUUGUUUAAGCUUUCCGACACGGAGAUGCGGGUGAAGAUCUCACCACAGCUUCUGCUGGCCACGCACCGCUUCAUGGCUACAGAAGUGGAGCCCUUUAAGUCUCUGUACCUUUCGGAGAAGAUCCUGCUCCGGCUCCUGAAACAUCCCAACGUGAUCCAGGAACUGAAGUUUGAUGAGAAGAACAAGAAGGCCCCAGAACACUACCUCUACCAGCGCAACCGCCCUGUGGACUACUUUGUCCUGCUUCUGCAGGGUAAAGUGGAAGUGGAGGUCGGUAAGGAAGGCCUUCGCUUCGAGAAUGGAGCCUUCACCUACUAUGGGGUCCCAGCCAUCAUGACCUCUGCGUGCUCAGAUAAUGACGUGCGGAAGGUUGGAAGCCUGGCUGGAUCCUCUGUCUUUCUAAACCGGUCCCCUUCUCGCUGCAGCGGGUUGAAUCGCUCUGAGUCUCCAAACCGCGAGCGCAGCGACUUUGGGGGCAGCAACACUCAGCUGUUCAGCAGCAGCAACAACCUCUACAUGCCUGACUACUCGGUCCACAUUCUCAGCGACGUGCAGUUUGUGAAGAUCACACGGCAGCAGUAUCAGAAUGCGCUCACCGCCUGCCACAUGGACAGCUCACCCCAGUCCCCUGACGUGGAGGCCUUCACUGACGGAGACUCCACCAAGGCCCCCACCACUCGGGGCACACCCCUGACCCCCAAGGAUGACCCUGUCGCCACGCUCCUGAGCAACAGGAACAGUCUGCCGUGCAGCCGUUCAGAUGGGCUGCGAAGCCCCGGCGAGGUAGUGUACUUGAGGAUGGAGGAGAUGGCCUUCACCCAGGAGGAAAUGACUGACUUCGAGGAGCACAGUACACAGCAGCUCUCGCUGUCACCUGCAGCUGUGCCCACGAGAGCAGCAUCAGAUAGUGAAUGUUGUAACAUCAACCUGGAUACAGAGACCAGCCCUCUCAGUAACGACUUUGAGGAAACCAUGGGCAGGAGGCUGCUGAGAACCCUGAGUGGUCAAAGAAGGAAGAGGUCACCAGAUGGAGAGAGAACCUCUGAGGAAAACUCGAAUUUAACGCCUCUCAUCACAUGA